AACUUUUUAUUAUGAUUUUAGAAAUUUAAUAAUGUCUGGUAGAGGAGCAGGCGGAAACAGUCCUGGUAACGCAGCUGAACCUACCACACAUAGUUCUUGUUUAUCAACGAGGAAAAGCCCGGGGAUUCUACAGCCGGAGGAUGAUUUCUUCAAGUUCUACACAGACGAGAGCGAGGGAGGGGGUAGUGGUGAGGAUACUGAUGAAGCGAGUGAGACGGAGAAUUUUCAGAAUAGGGAAUAUACCGAGAUCAAGGAACAGAUGUACCAGGACAAAAUGGCACAUUUAAAGAAACAGUUUCUUCAUUUGGAGGAAGGAAUCCAUCCUGAGUAUACAAGGAAGCUCAGAAAAGUAGAACAGAGCUACAGAGAACGAAUGCGUAUUAAUACUGUGGUUCGAGAACUUGAGCUGGAGAUGGCAGAGCAAGAUUUUCACGUAGAGGAAAAAGCUGCUCUAAGGGAAUUCGAAGAAAAGAAGAUAUACCUAAAGGAACAACUCGUUGCUGAACUUGAGGAGAAGCAAAGAAUGAUUGAGCAGGAGAGAACCAGCAUGGAACUUACGGGAGACAGUAUGGAAUUGAAACCAAUCAAUACCAGAAAACUUCGACGCCGAGGAAAUGAGCCGACAGAGUCGCGCAGUUAUCCUGGAGACAAGCGACGAAAGCCGCCACAAGCUACCUUAACUUACCUCUUGGAGGAUUCAGAGAUUUCUGACGAUCUAAAGAUAAUUAACAAAACUUUAAAGGAUAUCAAACCUCCGAAUAGUCCUGCAGCUCAAUCCUCCACGUCCUCAUCUCCAAGUGUAUCUAGAGACGCGCGCAUAGAGAGUGGAAAACUCUUUUACGAAAAACGCUGGUUUCGACGCGGGCAAACCGUUUACGUCGAACAAACACGGGAAGGAACUUACGAGGCGGUGAUUUCUGCUGUUGCUACGGAAGCUUUAUGGGUUAGACGACAAGAUGACGGUAGUAAACAAAAAAUAUGUAUUACCCAGCUGAUUAAAGGAAAAAUAAUUCUGAAGCGGAAAGCAACAUGAAAAUAGAUAAUUAAAUUAAGCAACAAAAAAGGCCAACUUCCCCUUUCUACCGUUAUUAAGCAUUUGAAGAUGGUAAAAUGGUGAACAUUUAAAUCAUUAUUUAACGAAUUAUUAAAAGGGAAUCCGGACUAUUAAGGAAAUUAAAUUUUAUGUUCUUUCAUGUUUGGAUUGGGAAGUGAGUUUAUUGUCUGUUCUCACAUGGGUGUAUAUUAUGUUGAAAAAUCAUUUUAUUUUUUUCUCUCCAAGUUUAGUAAGUUUGUGUUUAUUUAAAGAUCAAAAAGGAAGAAAGGGUAACUUUUAAAAAUACAAAAAAAAAAUAGAAAAUUUAAAUGAAAGAGUUAUCAAGAUUCAAGAACUAGGUGCAAAGGGUAAAAUUAGAAUAAAAGAGGUAUUUUUAAAAUGGCAAAAAAGAAAAGGGCUAAUAUUUUUUACAACUUCUGCGCUUCCUACAAACAAAGUUAACAGUGGGGGAAAAAAAUGUUUUAAAAGGCAGGGGAUGGGAAUGAUUUUAGAAGAAAAUAUACACCCCUUAAAAAUUGGAACGCCUGAAUUAAGUGGAAAGUAUAUGGAUCGGAAUGUAGUUUUUGAAAUUGGGGAAAAUUAGAAAAUACAGCUUUUGUUUGUCAAUGAAUUUUUUUUUAACUGUAUUGAUCUUUUAUAAAUAUUUUUGG